AUGGUGGUGGAAGAGAGUAAUCAUAAGGAAAGUACUAGUUCGAUAUUACACUAUUGUAAGAUAUGUAACAGGGGAUUUAGUUGUGGUGGAGCUCUCGGGGGACAUAUGAGAGCGCAUAAUAUUGCUGAGGUUAUUGAUCGAAUUCAUGGAGAACAACAGCCAGCUACUUCUAAGGCCGAUUUCGGGCACGAAUCCCAAGGUGACAAGCAUUCGUAUUUCCUUCGAAGGACGUCCAAUCGAUUUGUGAGUUUUCGAUCAUCGCCACGUGGAGAUUAUUAUGGGAAGUCAAGUUUCGAUGAUGAAAAACUGUCGAUUUUUUCGUCUUUGGAGGGCGAGGGUGGAGGAGCUAACAGGGGUUAUAUUUUGGAAUAUUUGAGAGCCAAGGAAUUUCAGAGUUUUGAUGAAUUUCGGAUUUCGAGAGAAGAAGAAGAUCUCGCUAAUUUCCUUGUCACAUUGUCGAACAAUUCUAAUUCUUGUAACGAAGAUGAUUAUUACAACAAGUCUAAAGAGGUGGCAAAAGGGUUAUUUCAAUGUAAAGCUUGUAAAAAAGUUUUUAACUCCCACCAAGCAUUGGGAGGGCAUAGAGCCAGUCAUAAGAAAGUUAAAGGAUGUUAUGCUGCAAGAUUUGAUCAUCUGACCUCAGCUGAUACUGACAUUGCUAAUGAAGAUUCCUCCAGCCAUGAUGAAUUCUCAACACCCUUGGAACUCAAUAUUACUACUAACAAUUCUAAUAAUCACGUUAUGUCUCAUGCAAAUUCAGGAAAGUCCAAGAUGCAUGAAUGCUCAAUAUGUCACCGAACAUUCUCGUCUGGACAAGCUUUGGGAGGGCAUAAGAGGUGUCAUUGGCUCCAAAGCGAUGGCGCAUACAUGCCAAGUUUUCAUGACCAUUUUCAAAACUAUAGUGCUCAAAGUUUUCAAAAUGUGGGAGUCAUGGGUUCCACAAUGCUUGAUCUGAAUCUUCCUCCCACCCUCGAAAGUUCAAAAAGAAAUUCUGCAAAAAUCAAUAUAAAUAUUGAAGACAAUGAUGAAAAACAAAUUUGUCAAACCACUAACUUGGAAACUGCUAUGAGUCUGUCAUUGCAUGAUUAUAGUCUCGGAGAAAAAGGUAGGGAGAAAAAGGUGGCUAAAUUGAGCAAUGUGAAUAAAGAAAUGGAAUUAGAUCCGGUGUCUUCUCCAUGGUUGCAGGUUGGGUUGGCUUCAACUACUGGCUAA